UUGUUCUUGUCAAGAUGCCCAAACGAAAGUGUAAAUUCACUGCAGAGAUGCAGAACAAACUCCCGUGCUUCAAAAAAGGCAGGGAUGAGUGGGAAGCCGAGUGUUUGGUGUGUAAACCAGGAACAUUUGUCUCACUGGCACAUAAAGGCAUUAAUGACUUACAGUCACAUGUGAGCUCUGAGAAACAUAAGAGAGCAGUGCAAGAAAAGGGUUCAUCAAUGAAGAUGACACAUUAUUUUGUUAAACCAGGAAGUGAAGCUGAAGAUGUUAGUGCUGCAGAAGCUGCUUAUGCAUUUCACACUGUCAAACAUCACGGUAGUUUCUCAUCCAUGGAUUGUUCAUCUGUUUUGCUGAAAAAAAAAAAAAAACUUUUCCUGAUUGAGGUGGCAAGAAAGUUUUCUAGUGCUUGAACAAAGACAGCAGCUAUUAUAAAAGCUGUGCUUGCACCUCAUUCUGUUGAUGUUGCCUUAAAAAGCCUAAAAGUAAAUGAAGUAGUAUACCGUGGAAUUGCUACAGAUGGUAGCAAUCACGAUGCAUUAAAGCUGUUUCCUGUAAUUAUUCAGUACUUUGACUGGAAAAAUGGUAGUUUACAGUCAGAACUGAUUGAGUUUAAGAACACCCCAAAUGAGACUGCAGACACUAUUGCCAAAUAUGUGAAAGAAACCCUAGAUAAACAUGGGCUUACUAAAAAGUGUGUGGCAUUUACAGGUGACAACUGCAAUACAAUGUUUGGAGGAUUCGAAUGUAACGAAGAAGGGAAUAAUGUGUUUGCAAAUCUGAAGAUGUUGGAAAAGUCAUUGAUUGGAGUAGGUUGCCCAGCACAUAUUCUGAAUAACUGUGUUCAUCAUGGAGCAGAAAGAAUGGAUAUUGAUAUUGAAAAUAUUAUCAAUAAGAUUUAUCAGCAUUUUCAUAUCUACACAGUUCGCUCUGAAAAACUAAAGGAGUAUUGUGAAUUUGCUGAGGUUGAGUACAGGAAGCUUCUCUCUCAUAGUAAGAGUCGUUGGCUGUCACUAUUUCCUGGCAUCACAAGGCUGAUAGAGAUGUUUCCUGCUCUUAAGUCCUUUCUUUCACAAGAGCAACCACCAACAGUAAUAAAAAAAUUCUUUGAAAAUGAAAUGAGUGAGAUUUACCUCUGGCACAUGCACUCUUUAAUGGCUGUAUUUCACACACACGUUCAAACAAUUGAAAAGGAAAGUAACUCUGUUGUAGAAGUGCUGACAAAUUUGGAGUCUGUGUGUAAAGUACUUGCACAAAGAAAGAACCAGCAUUUCAUGUCUUUAAAAGUUAAAGGACUAAUUACUCAGAAGCGCACAGAAGGAAAAGAAGAAGAGUGUAACAGGUUCUGUGUUGAAGUAGUUAACCUGUACAACAGAUGCUCAGAGUACUUAGCUAAGUGGAUGAAACCACUGGAAGAGUUCUCUUGUUUCAAGUGGAUGGUCUUGAGUGAAAUGCCAAACUGGACUGAUGUGGAACCUUGUGUUGUAUACUUGAUAGACAAGGGAAUAGAGCUUGAUGAUGUAAAGUGCUUUGACCAAGUUUGUAACUUGAGGCAGUUUGUAGAAAGGAACAAGAAUGAUGAAGACUUCAGUAAAUUACCAGCACAUAAAAAAUGGACCAGAUACUUUGAAGCAUCAAAGAAUAUUGAAUGCCACUCAGAACUGCUCAGAAUUGCACAAUUCUUUUUUGCUGUAACAUCCCACAAUGCUAAUGUGGAGCGAGUCUUUUCGCUGAUGCAAAGUCAGCGGACGAAGGAAAGGAACAAGCUGAGUGUUGAUACAAUGAAAGGUAUUCUGACUGUACAGUACAACUACUGAGAGACCUCUUGCGUUGACUUCCUCAACUUUUUAAAGUCCAACAAGGAACUACUUAAAAAUAUAAGAUCUACAGAAAAAUAUGUAUCGGCACAUCAAGCAACACACGCAGUGGUUGAAGAAGAGUUAGAAGACACCAACUAAGCUAAGUGGAAAAACGGAAUUCAAGAUUAUCAGCCAUAUGCAAAGGUGAUUGCAGUGGCUCCAAGUCUUGGGAAAACCAUGUGUGGAGCACAAGCAGUCUGUCCACACUGAAAAUUUUGAGCUCAAGCAUACCAGCAGCACAACACAUCUGCUGAACAAUGCAGCUCCAAUUCCUGCAGAUAAACGAACUUCAGGCACAUACCACAGAGCAUUUC